ACGUGUUGGCGGAAAUUUUUGAAAUCCAACCGAAGCAUUGGCGAACAACUGGGGAGUUAAAAUCUAUUGUGUAGUGACACAAAUUUACCUGAUACAUGUGGUAUUACAUACAUCUGUAGAUAUAGCAUAGUUCAUGCAAACCGAGGGGAUCGUGCUUCAGCUAAAGUUUCAUAUCUGAGGCUGUUUGUGUUUAAGGGUAAAGAUGAGCCGGAAACCCAGAUAUUCGGAGAUGCCCAUGCGUGUGCAAGACGGCAGAAUGAGUCUGGUUUACGCCACACCUCAAAAUAAGGAAAAUGUGUUUGGGAAGCUGAACAUACCUAAACCUCAGUCGACCACGUCUGAGAGACGAACAAGCUUUUUUGGAAAAGGCACUGGGGCAGGUGGCCGGAGGACCAGCAUGUAUGGGACAUAUGGUGGCCCAGAAAAGAUGAAAGACACCAGACCUUUACAUGACAAAACGUUCGUCCAGCAGUGUAUUAAGCAGCUGUGUGAAUUUCUGGUUGAGCGGGGCUUUCCAGGCAGCAUCACAGUGAAGACUCUCCAAUCACCAUCCACAAAAGAGUUUUUAAAGAUUUUCGAGUUCAUCUGCUCUUUUAUGGACCCCUUAUUUCAGAUCCCCACUGCUAAAGUUGAGGAGGAGAUCCCCAGAAUGCUCAAAGAUAUGGGAUACCCCUUUGCACUGUCGAAAAGCUCUAUGUAUUCCAUUGGUGCCCCUCACACGUGGCCUCAGGCUCUCGGUGCUCUUAUAUGGCUCAUUGAAAUGGUCAAGCGGUUUAACAGUUCGAGAGAGCAGGACCUGCUGUUUUGUUAUUUCUCAGAUGAGCUCUGUGAUCUAGAGGAAGGGGCCGAGUACAACAGGCUCCAUUUAGACCACUUGUCGGACACCUACAACAAGUUCAUGGAGGGAUCUAAUACUUUUGAGGAUGAGGAUAGAGACUAUCUUAAUAAACUGAAGAAGAUGUAUAAUUUGGAUGAGGCGCUGUUACACUCUCAGCAGGAGAAACAUGCGAUGCUGAUGGAGCAUGUGGAGAGACUUGAGAGAGAAAGCCAAACUGAUCGUCUGAUAGGAAAGAGGACCGAGAAGCUUCGAUUACAGGCCGAUCUUCAGAAGCUGCAGAAUUAUCGCUCCACUCUAGAGGCUCACAAAGCCGGACUGGAGAAUAAAUUUGCGGGACUGUCUGAGGAGCUUGAGGCUGCCGAGAUGCAACUGGAGGGUCUGAAGCAAGAUAGGACAAGACUGCAGCACAUCCUGGAGAAUCAGAAGUUUACUCCUGCUGAUAUCGAACGUAUUAAUCAAGAGAGGAAUGAACUGCAGCAGACGGUUCAGAGCCUAAACCAGAGUCUAGAAGGGGCAGAGCAGCUGGUGUGGAACGAAGAAGUCAACUUAUCCAAAACCAAAGAAAAGGCAGAGCUGAAGGUCACUGAAUUUAAUAAACUGGGUCGUAAGCUGAAGCUCAUCCCUCAGACAGCGGAGAACGCCUGCGGUCAUGACUUUGAGAUCAAAGCAGAUUAUAGUUUCACCACCAUCACACAGUACAAAACACACAUACAGAAUCCUCUGAAGAACAUGUUGGUUGACGUGGAGGAUGAGUACAACAGACACACUAAUGUGAAGUUGCUGAGUUUGGAAGAGGCCAUUGAACAGGUGAGGUCUAACAUUUUCGAUAAGGAGAAUGACCUCAAACAGCUCAAGGAACAGAUUUGCAAAGUCGACCAACAGCUGGAACACGACAUGCAGGAAAUGGCCCAAGAGGAAGAGAAGUGGAAAGCUGAGUUGGACUCCGCUGAAACUUAUAAGAAACGCUUGGAGAAGAAAGUAAUGCAGGGAUGUGAGAAAGCUGAGGAGGAACUUAAAGCUGCCCAGCAACAGUAUCACCUCGUCGUGCAGGAGACAAACGAGGAGAAUCGCAUGGUCUCCAAAAAUCUGACUGACAUCUUCUCAUCUGCAGUAAACUACCUGUGUGCAGUUGAAAACAAGUGCAGUGAACAGUCGAAAAAGUUUGAUAAGUUGAAGGAUGUGAUGCGUGAGGAUGAAGCUGACCUGGAACAGCUGACGUAUCUAGUGGAAAACUUCAUGAAGAAAGAAAAUGCCCUUUAAGUCUGAUACAUGUUUUGUAAAUAUUUCAACUGUAUGACCUUUCAACUAAUGUUGUCAACAUCUGUCAUGAUAGAGUAAUUUUUCAGUAGAGAAAAGACCGUUCUUUGUAUUUAUCCUGUAUUUACAUGUUUGUUUACUAAUAAAAAUGCUUAUACUUUU